UGUUUCCAGGAAUCUGAGCUCUGCCGGUCCCGACGGCAGGAAGGCGAUGAGGGAAUGUGAGAAUCUGAUCGACUCUCUGGUCUACUACAUCCGGGGGGCGGUGGCUGACUACAAGACGGACGACAAGUCCACAGAGAACUGCGUCUGCAUCCUGCACAACCUGUCCUAUCAGAUGGAGGCCGAGCUCCCUCAGAAGAUCACAGAUAUCACAGAGUCUCAACAAAACUUGACUCCGAGGGAAACAGCUGUCGGCUGCUUCGCUUAUCGCAGCGCUAAGAUCCCACAGGUAAUCCCUCCAGAGCCUAAUCCUGUUGACUAUACAUGCGAUGUUCUUGCAGUGUGA